CGCACCAGUUCUCCCAACCUAAAACCCUUUCUCAGUUUCUCCCCUUCCUCCUAAAACCCCUCACCUAUCUCUCUCUUCGCCACCCUCCAAUGGCGAACAACCGCACCGGAGGUUUCCUAGUAAGCUCUCAAUCGGAGCUAAUACACAAAGAGAAGAAGGAGAAGAAAUCGAAAUCAGGUGGAUUUGAAUCCUACAAUUUUUGCCCAAAUGUUUUCAAUGCAAUCAAAAGGAAGGGUUACAAAGUACCAACCCCAAUUCAGCGCAAAACUAUGCCUGUCAUUCUCGCUGGCGCUGACGUCUGCGCCAUGGCUCGUACUGGGUCUGGUAAAACGGCGGCGUUUCUUAUCCCUAUGUUGGAGAAAUUGAAGCAGCAUGUUCCUCAGCAGGGUAUUAGGGCUUUAAUUUUGUCUCCGACUAGGGAUUUGGCUCUUCAGACUAUGAAAUUUUGCAAGGAGUUGGGCCGUUACACAGAUCUCCGUAUGAGUCUUCUAGUUGGUGGGGAUUCAAUGGAAAAUCAAUUUGAAGAAUUGGCUCAAAAUCCUGACAUCAUUAUUGCCACACCGGGUAGGCUGAUGCAUCAUUUGUCUGAGGUAGAUGACAUGACACUUCGAACAGUGGAAUAUGUGGUCUUUGAUGAAGCCGAUACUUUAUUUGAUUCGGGUUUUGCUGAGCAGUUGCAUAAAAUUCUGACACAGUUGAGUGAGAGUCGGCAGACUUUGCUGUUUAGUGCAACUAUGCCAAGUGCUUUGGCAGAGUUUGCUAAGGCUGGUCUGCGAGAUCCUCAGCUUGUGCGCCUAGAUGUGGAUAAAAAAAUUAGUCCAGACUGUAAAUUUGUCUUUUUCACGUUGAGGCCGGAAGAGAAACAGGCAGCCUUAGUGUAUUUGAUUAGGGAGGUAAUCAAUCCUAAUGAGCAAAUGUUAAUCUUUGUUUCCACCAGACACCAUACAGAAUUCCUCAGAUUGUUGCUUUCACUAGAGGGUAUUGAGUCCAAUGUGUGUUAUGGUGAUAUGGACCCAGAAGCUCACAGAAUUAGCAUUUCAAAGUUCCGAUCUGGAAAAAUUAAGAUGCUUAUUGUUACAGAUGUGGCUUCUAGAGGCAUAGAUAUUCCUUUGCUUGAUAAUGUAAUUAAUUGGGACUUUCCUUCAAAUCCGAAAAUGUUUGUGCACCGUAUUGGAAGAGUAGCUAGGAAUGGUCGGACUGGUACAGCGUACUCUUUUGUGACGCCUGAAGACCUGCCUUACGUUUUGGAUCUUCAUCUCUUUUUGUCAAAACCCAUCAGGCCUGCUCCAUCAGAGGAGGAGGUUCUAAAGGAUAUAAAUGGGGUUAUAGAUAAAAUCGAUCAAGCUAUGGCCAACGGUGUGACUGUAUAUGGGCGGUUUCCUCAGACUGUUAUAGAUCUUGUUCAAGAUAAAGUUCGGGAUGACAUUGAUUCAUCUGCAGAUUUAUAUGCUCUGCAGAGGUCUUGUACUAAUGCAUUCCGUGAGUAUUCAAGGUCAAAACCUGCACCGUCGUCGGCAUCAAUCCGGAGGGCAAAAGAGUUAUCCCGUGAAGGUUUGCAUCCUAUGUUCAAAGGUGUGUUGCAAGGCAAUGAGCUGAGUGCUUUAGCGUUCACUGAACGCUUGAAAUCUUUCAGACCCAAGCAAACAAUCUUGGAAGCUGAAGGUCGUGCUGCGAUGUCAAAACGUCUAAAGGGUUCUUCUAGUCAAUGGGUUGAUGUGAUGAAAAAGAAGAAGGCCAUCCAUGAGUCGAUUAUUAACCAGGUGCAUAAGCAAAGCUCCAUUGAUAAGGCAGCCAAGGAAGAUGAACCUGACUUCAUUUCUGUCGAGACAAAGGAGAAAAAAGAAACUGUUGGUUCUAAAAGGAAAGCAAGGAGCUUCAAGGAUGACGAGUUUUUUAUCAAUCCAGUGCCAACAAACCAGCAUUCGGAGGCUGGGCUCUCGGUACGAGCUAGCCAAGGCUUUGGAUCAAAUAGGUUGGAUUCAGCUGUUAUGGAUCUAGUUGCAGACGAUAAAGUGGGCAUGCAGAGACAAAAAACCAUCUAUCACUGGGAUAAGAAAAGUAAAAAGUAUAUCAAGCUUAACAAUGGUGAUCGUGUAACUGCAACUGGAAAGGUUAAGACUGAAGGAGGGCAAAAAGUGAAGGCUCAGAGAACUGGGAUUUAUAAAAAGUGGAAAGCAAGUACACACAAUAAAAUUGCCUUUAAAGGAACUGAUAAUGGAGACCAUGGUGCAUCAACAUCAACCUCUGGCUUUGCAGGUGGUCGGUUUAAUAACAGGUUCAACGGACGCAACCAACAACGACCAAUACCAAAUGCAAAUGUUCCAUCGGAAAUCAAAAACCUUGAGCAAGUUCGUAAAGAGAGACAAAAGAAGGCAACUAAACUAUCUCUUAUGAAGCAGAAUUCAAAGAAGGAUAAAUUUGGUAGAACUGGCAAGAAACGACAGGGCGGAAAAGGUGCACCGGCCGGAAAGGGCGGGAAAGGUGGACAUGGCGGAAAAGGUGGACCGGGCGGAAAAGGCGGAAAGGGUGGAAAAGGCGGAAAGGCCUGGUAGAAGAUGUAUGAUCUUCCUCUCAAAGGGGGCUAGCUCAUUUUUUGACCUUAAAAAUACAAAUUUGUCAUUGUAAUGUUGGUAUGCAGUUUUAUUAUUAUUAUCGUUCAUUUUCCCUUAACCUGUAAUUGUUUUGAACCCUGAUUUGUAUGGCGCGUAAAGUUGUUAGCAGAAGUAGAUUGAAUAAGAUUUCUAGUCGAAUUUGAAGCCUAAAA